AUGGAGGAUUCCAUAGCGAACGAGCGAAACUCCACAGAGAAAGAGGUUUCACAGUCCACACCUGUGUCGGUAGAGGAAUGCCAAGUUUCUAGUGAACCAAGCACACUGACUUCCCAAAGAACCCCAGCAAAGGGGACCAAACGAAAAAUAAGUAUGAAUGAUGACAAAGUUUCAUGUUCACAAAGAGCAUCACAGGGCAGUGACAAAGUCAGAAUUCGGAAGAAGAUACCAAUCCCCCCGUUGCCCUCUCAAAUGCCACCAGUCAACCUGCUUCACCGGGACAUUGUUCGGGCCUGGGGCCGUGAACUAAAGAUAAGCACCAAAGGCCAGAAAUUGGAGAUAUAUAAGCGAAUCUGUGAAUAUGCAUACCCAAAUCAGAAGGACAUUCCUGAUAAUGCAAAAGAGGCGAGGAUCCUGACAGAAUCGAAGAGGAGAUCAAUGAUGGGUAUGGCAAAAAUAGCUCUGCAGGGUUCUGAAGGGACAUCAGAAGUGGCUAUUCCUGGAGCGGAGAUGGUGCCUGUCGUGGAGGGACCGGAAACUGUGGUAGUGACCACUUCAGCUCCAGAUUCUGUGUUUGCCUCCUGGGCGAGAAUCGCAGCCAUCGCUGGGAAGACAGAAGAAGUGGAGGCACAGUCAACACAGGAGUCCGAUGAUGUCAGGUGGUGUGUGGUGCAUGGGAGAACUCUCCCAGCAAACGCAGAAGGAUGGGUCCAUCUACAGUUUCAUGCAGGCCAAGCUUGGGUACCCGAGAGAAAAGGACAAGUGUGUGCACUCUUCCUGCUCCCUUCCUGCAAUUUUCCACCCCCAAACAUGGAGGACAAUAUGCUAUGCCCUAAAUGUGUCCAAAGGAAUAAGGCAUUGAUGAAAAGCCUCCAGUGA